AAAAAACAUUAAUUAUUUCCAGUACUGCUCCUCUUUUUAAUGCAUGAAAAUACCUAGGUAAUCACUUAUUUGAUUCAUGUUAUGGUAGUGCAAAAGGCACAUUACUGGCUAUCUGUGCUUUAUAGGUAGGACUGCCGUAAAACAUUUGAUGUUGGUUAUAGUGAAUAAACUUAACUGGAGAUUUCGGUCGCAAGCGGCACAGUCAGGUUUCUAUAUCUGUCGUAACCUCACCGCAGUUUCUUUCGAGUUUCCAUCCUAUCAAUCUCACUAUCAAACUAGCUAUUUCCUCGCUUCCUGCCACAACAAUUCGUCGUUUAUAUACACACUCGACCCCUGGCUAGUAAUUUAUUGACUAUGGCACAAUUCCAGAUUAGUGGUUUUGCUAUUGUGGUUGGGGCCGCCGGUGGAAUCGGCAAGGAGGUCGGUUUGACCUUUGCCGAAGCUGGCGCAAAGGGCGUCCUAUUCGCCGACAUCAAUUAUGAAGGCGUCACUGAGGCCGCCGAGGCAAGCAAAGCCAUAGCGACAUCUCCUAACUAUCGGGCGCUGUCCGUAAAAGUAGAUGUGGUAGAUGUCAAUUCAGUACAAGAAAUGAUUGACCUAGCAGCCAAGGAGUUUGGCCGGAUUGAUUACUGCAUCAACGCUGCGGGGGUUGAUGUCGCCGAAUACGUUCCAUUCGACGAGACUACCCCUGAAGACUACGACCGGGUUCUCGACAUAAACACCAAAAACAUUUUUCUGGUGACAAAAGCAGUAGUCAAGGUCAUGCAAAACCAACAACCAACCCAGAACAAUCUCGGACGACAUGGCAUUCGAGAUCUCGGACGCGGAUCGAUUGUCAAUAUUUCUUCAGUCAUGGCGUUUGGCGCUGUACCCCAUAAGCUGCCUUACACAACGUCUAAACAUGCCAUUACUGGCAUCACCCGGGCUUGUGCAUUGGACUACAAGUUGGCGGGCAUUCGAUGUAACCAAGUAUGCCCGAUCUGGGUCAAGACCCCCAUGCUGGUAGAGGAAUCAAAGAGGCUUCCAGGUGUGCCUGGACUCAUCGAAAAGCUUACUCCUUUUAAGAGGCCAAUUGAGCCGGACGAGGUGGCAUCGGCAUGUGUUUAUCUAUGCAGCCCCAGUGCAGUUAAUAUCAGUGGAUCUAGCGUGAUCCUAGAUUCAGGUCUCAUGUCUGGAUUCUCUCUGUGAAGAAGUUCGCGGGGUGCAUUUAGCAUGGAGUAUGGUAUUAUAUCAUGGCGGUGUUCUUGGAGCUGUGGAUACUCUAGAAUAUGGCGUGAAAAUGGAUUCAGUAACUCUGCCAAAGAUGUUUCUGUGAUAGGAUUUUGCCAGAUACUUUUUAGUGCUGACAACCUUUCCCCGCUUGAAGCUACUCAGUGCGUUUCUGAAAUAGGAAGAUUCGCCUAUAUAGGACUCAAGAUCGGCCAAUUGUCCGAUACAAUACAAUCAUAGCUUCGAUCCCCGCUGUUGCUGCGCCUCACCCGCAUCAUUCUUGCGUAGAAUAUUUGGCCGAAGAUCCGACACAUCG